AUGCCUAGAAUUGUCGAGGCCCCCGCCCGCCGCGAGGUGCGAGCCGGAAUCAGGAAACUUGCUUUAGACAUCAACGCUCUCGGAGUCAACGAACUCGAUCUGCAGCAACUGAAGUCCCUUAAUAUUCGUGUUGAUCUUUUGUCGCUGGACGGAGAUUCGCCUCAUGGAGCGGCUUUCUUUGCCCCCUUCCCUGCCGACAAGCUUCCCGAUGUCGAUGAGGACACCCUUGGGGGUGCUUUCCAUGGCGUCGAUGACGACCCAAAGCCAGGCUCCUUCUUCUAUGAUCCGGACUUCUACCGCCCUUCCGACCGCGCGCACAUCACAGGUGACCAUUUAAGAUCAUACAUCCAAUCCUGCCGCUCGUUCCAUUAUGGCAAAAAGACAAAUAUCCAGUGGGCUGCCAAAUGCGCUGCGGACUAUCCAUCCGCUGGUCUCUGCCGACAUGAGCAGCCAUCUUACGGCUCCUUCGCCCUGGCCGAUUUGGAGGAUCCGACCUAUCCCCACGUCAAGUCCAUCACGUUCAAUAACCUGGUCCCCACAGAAUCCACUCUCCUCGCCGGUGAACUGCUACCAGCCCUUCGACUUAUGCUCUGGCAGCUGAGGAGGUCUCGGUUUAUUCGUCACACAGUCUCUCCGGUCCUGUUCAUCUCACUGCUGGGACUGAAAGCUCGGAUCAUAGAGUUUUAUUUUUCGAACGGCACGCUGGUCGUGCGUCACACCAAGAUGUUCGACUUCACCCAUGGGGAUGAUGAAGCGUUCAAAACACUUGCACAAUGGUUCCUAGGUGACGCGAUCGGAGAUACUGUGAAUGGCGUCUAA